AUGUCCGGCGACCGUCAACAGCUUCUAGAACUGUUAUAUUAUUCGAUUCACUCGAUUCUGUUCCAUCGUGGAGUAUACGCCCGCGAGGAGUUUGACAUCGUUUCCAAGUAUGGAGAAACACAAUACGUCAUUGCAGACGCGACUACACGUCACUACAUUGACGCCUUUUUGGCUCAGGUCAAUGCAUGGCUGGACAGCGGCGAGAUUACUCAUUUAGUCGUCAUCAUCCUCUCCAAGGACGAUGGCAGGACGCUAGAGCGAUGGACAUUUGAUGUCACAACAAACCCGCAUAGUCCGACUCUCGUCCCUGCUAUCACAAAGAACCUGGUCAUGGACAUUGCUGUUCCCAAUGUCUUGAAGCAAUUGACCGCUGCCACCACGUUUUUGCCCGACCUCCCCACUCCCGCCGUCUUCAAACUACAGGCCUAUGUCAUGCCCGAAAACGAAACAUCCCUGUCUCUUCUUUCAGACGAAUGGGUCGCUGUCGAUGGCGUUCAUCCCUUUGGUGAAGACGUAGAGACGCAGCAGACUUUAUUGCGUGGAGUAAAGACGACAGACAGAGAAGUCAACCUUCUUCUUACGGCUCUAGACGAUUGA